CAACAAACCCUCGCUUCAAUCUUCCUCUCUUCUCUGCUUCAAUUUCUUGCAGCUAUGGCUACCGCACGUGCCAUGCUCGUGCUCGCUCUCUCUCUCCUCUCUCUAGCAGCCUCCGCCAUUGCUCAAUCUCCCUCCCCUGCUCCAGGUCCCGCCGUCGCCGCACCGCCGCCGUUAACCCCACCGCCUGUUGCAGCCCCUCCUACUACACCUCCCCCCACCGCCAUGCCCCCAAUGGCAGCCUCACCUCCGCCAAGCAUGUCAACUCCACCGAUGGCAGCUCCUCCCACCGUCCCCCCGCCGAUGGCUUCUCCGCCGUCUAUGGAAUCAGGCCCAAGCCCAGGCCCAAGCACAAUGCCCGACAGCCCACCAUCGCCUCCAGGCCCAUCUCCAGGGCCAGCUCCAGGGCCAGCUCCAGCGUCAGCUCCGUCGCCGCCGCCGUCGCCACCGCCGGGAGCGGGAUUUUCGAUCCAGCACGGUGGGUACAAGGCGGCGGGUGUUGCGGCGGUGUUGGGUGGCCUGGCCAUCGUCUUGGUUUAACAACGCAGCAUAGUACUUGAAUUUGCUGUAGAUUAUGAUCUUCAUACUCAUUUGUGUAUUCUUUUUGUUUCUUUUUCAUUUCCAUCUCUUUCUAUCUCUCUCCCAUAUGAUUCUUGAGAGCAGCUUUGAGUGAUAUUUGUGGGAUAUGUAGCAUUUUCAUUUUUUUUCUAGUUCAAUAAGAGAGACUCGUUUCUUGUUCAUCGAUA